UUUGCAUUUGUUAAUUUCUGUAAAUUUUGUAUAACAGCUAGUGCUCAUAACCGAAUAAGUAAGUAAUUGUCAGCACAAUAAACAGUUUUACUUUCUGCUAAUUAAACGUAUGGUUAGUCAAUGCAUAAGUCAUAACAGCAAAUGCGCAUUCAUCCGCACUCACAUGCAUCCCGUUUUGAUACAUUUCUCCGGCGUCUCGGUAGCGGGCUGCGUGAAGAAACGCCGACUUUCCUCGGUUUUUUUUUCUUGUACUUUGCUGGACUUCAAACUAUUUCACUGUCUGGCUUUUGAGCGAUAUGGGACGGUCGAAUGUCUUGGCAAGCUAUCGAAGUGACUCGCAAUCGGAGCUGUUAGUGCCGUCGUUUGCCUCCAGCUGGAGGCCGGAGCCCGCUGGUUUUAUCAGCUGUAAUGGCAUCCAGUGGUUCCGCCAAAUUUGCCCAUGUUCGUGAUAAAGUCAAGCAGCUAUUUACUGGUGAACGUGUAGCGUACUGCUCCGAGGAUUCAGUUUCCGGAGACGAAGAACUUCUAGACAUUACCAGCGCACCGCUGAGUCUGAUGGAUGAGAACGAGGAUUUCUGUCUGUGUAGGCGCUGUCGCAACGCCAGUGACCCGUCUUCUCAGUGCCCACGCCAAAGCAGGCUACCUGCGAGUUUUAAUUCAGCGAACGGAGCGCAGCACAACGGCGAGACGACGCCUGUCAUCCCAUCAGAUGCUUGCAUGAACUACAGGCACAAUGGUGGUGAAAGCUCCGCACUCCUUUAUGACACCAGUGAAGAUGACAGCGAGGAGUCUGUUCACUGCCAUGUACACCAGCAGCCAAGGCUCUCGUCUAAGGUGGCGCAGAAACAACUCUUUGUCAGCUGUCUCAUUUGCCUUACAUUUAUGAUAGCUGAAGUAAUUGGUGGCUACAUGUCCAACAGCCUAGCUGUCAUGUCAGAUGCAGCACACCUAUGUGCCGACUUGGCUGGUUUUCUGAUCUCUAUUUUUGCUGUCUGGAUUGCACAGAAGUCGCCCACAAAAAGACUGUCCUUUGGUUUCUACCGUGCAGAAGUCCUGGGUGCUGUGCUGAGUGUAGUGUUCAUCUGGGUGCUGACGGGUAUCCUAGUCUACACGGCCGUGCAGCGGAUCUACCAUGAUGACUACGACAUUGAUGCAGGCAUCAUGCUCAUAGUCUCUGGCACAGGGGUUGCCAUGAACAUCAUCAUGGGCCUGGUGCUGCAUGGAUGCUGCCCAUGUGCGGGCAUUGCUCAGCAUGGCCACAACCAUGGGCUCGGCACGCAUGGUCACAGCCAUAAACAGCCCGGUGAACGCACCAACAUCAACAUCCGCGCAGCUUUUAUCCACGUCCUGGGAGACCUGCUGCAAAGCAUUGGCGUGCUCAUCUCAGCCUACAUCAUCAAGUACAAUCCCCAGUACAAGGUAGCUGACCCCAUCUGCACAUUCAUAUUUUCUGCUCUCGUCUUGUUCACGACUGUGUCGAUCCUGAGGGAUGCCGUGUUUAUCCUAAUGGAAGGAUUUCCGAAGGACCUCAACUAUGCAACUGUAAAGUCUGCAUUGCAAAGUAUCAAAGGUGUCCGAAUGGCACACAGCCUCCAUGUGUGGUCAUUGACGGCUGACAGACGUGCCCUGGCUGUGCACCUAGCUGUCGAUCCCGACACUGACCAGUCAGCUGUUCUUCAAGCAGCUCAGAAGCUUGUGCGAAAGAGCUUUGGCAUCCACAGUUCCACGAUCCAAGUGGAGGUGUUCAGCGCGACUGAGAUGCUGGCUUGCGAAACCUGCAAAGGACCGUGACAUCCUGCCGACCGUUUUUUAGACUUAAUUCAGCACACAUUGAGUGGAGGAGUCAUUCAAUGAACUGAAGUUGGUUGUAGCAGUUCUCAAAGCAUGGAAAUUUAAAAAAAAAUGAAUUUCUUCUCAGUCUUAGUAUGCAUCCAGAAAGUGAGGGGCACACUCUGCCAUUGUGUGGAUGCACACUUCUCAGUUCCUAAUUAUGCACCUAGGUCGUGAGGGAAUUCAAUUUUUCUUUUUUGUUUUCUUUCUUUUUCGCUUCAUUACUUUUGUGGUCUCAAUGAUUUCACAAGCAACCUUAAGCAGUACACCCAGUCGAUCACUUUCAGGGAUCCACAGUCACCUUUGUUAGAUUUCGCAUGGCCAGGUACUGGACGCAUCAGCUUCUACAAGCAGCAGUGUUUCUGGCAAUGUUGCAAAUUUAAUGUGGUGCCAGAAAGAGCACUCUUGCUCGCAGACACUGACGUAUCAUGCGCUGAGUCAUGAGAAAUGUUGUGAAAGUGAUGGUUUACCCGAGUGUGAGUCGCUGAGAAUUUCACCACUCCUGUAAGUGGUUUCACGCUCACGAAUAUGUGUACAAGUCAACAGCUGGUGUGCUGCCAGAUGUUCUCACCUGGUCACAUUGCCUGAGCAGCCACAAGUCUGCUUGCUCAUAAUAGUGCCGUUGGUGGCUCUGAUUUAGUCAUAACUGCAUUCGUAAUAUAUACUUUGGCUCACUUGUGGUCAAGCAAAGUGUUAGUAUGCUAGCCACAAUCCUUUCCUCUGCUGACAUGCGCAGCUCUAUAAUGUGCUGUUCACUUCUUGCAUUCUUUCCAAGUGCAGCUUUCGAUAGUCAGUAUUUCCCUGUUGAUCAUUGUGAACCUUUAAUAGUUUGAACCAUACGGAACAUUCAAAUAUAGAUGCUACAACUUUGGGCUUCUCAUUUUACAACUUCCUUGCUUGUUUGCUCAUUUCUUGCUUGCAAUAAUGCCUGUGUACAUGUCGAUGUCAGAAAGACAUGAAAGUUGUGCGUUGAACAUGACAGCUAUUUGUUUGUUCUUCCACAAAAUAAUUUGCAUUUAUCUGUCAUGUAUCUCAAGUUGCAGCUGACUCACUAUUCAAACCCUCAAACUAAUCGGAAAUCACAUUGAAUAAUAUGAAAGCACUUAAUUCAAACUAGCUUUCCUGUUACAGUAGAACCUCAUUUAUAUGUUUUGAAAAAAAAGAAAAGAGAAACGCAGGAGGAAACUUGCUAGCCAGUAGAAUGUAUGAUCCAAAGACACUAAAAAAUUUGGCACUCAAGCGUAGUUGACAUCUACAUAAUGAGAAGUGUGGCAUGAAUUGAAGCUCCACCGAGCUGGUGGGGCCUGAGCAGCCUGAAAAGCACCUUGUUAUUUUUUGCGGCUUCGGCAAGCUUAUGUUUGCGCUCCUUGAAUUCGGCUUGCGUGAGCAACUUUUUCGAAUGGAGUGUUUUGGUUUUUGGCGGAAGUUCUGAUGUACCCACUUGGUGGCGCGAAUGGUUGUGGCACAAGGCAAACGUGGACGUGCAUCGAGCUGGUGGAGGGACCUAGUGGAGGGAUUGUGAAUGGAAACCAAAACGAAAUCGAGCUCCUAGGCGGCACUGGAAUACGAUCCCACCAGAGCUCACAUGACGCUCACUUUAUGCUGCCUGCAGCAGGGAACAGAGGGUGGUGCACUUGGGUUGUUGCCUAUUAAAAGCAUGCAGUACACUUACAAUGGCCCUACGCCAUACAUGCUGUGACACAGAUAGGUGGAGAUGUUUAUUGCAUUCGGGUUGGCCGCGAUAGCUGUGAAUGCAGCAUGCGAUGACUCUUGACAAGAUUUUCUGGUACAGGAAUCGGAAACUUGGUUGUGCUCUGGUGUUUUCAUGUGACAUGGGUGGGGAAGCGUUGGGGUGGUUAGCUACUGUUCUUGACUGUGUUUGCCUCGUGCCUUUUCUGGUUUACGUGGCAUCUAGAGGCCGAAAAAUGUAUCAUAUGAUGGCGGUUUGGCGGUGUUCUGAACAUUAGGGCCAAAAGGUCGUGUUUUCCGGGAACAUCUUAACUGGUAAAAAAAGGAAAUGUAACUGUAUUUGGUCAUUUUUUGUGUUCUCAGUCAUGAAUAGCCGUGCUGGAAAUCAUACAAAAUGGGAUUGUGUCAAGAAGGUUGUACUGUAUUUGAACUUCUGGCCUCCCAAAGCAAGCCAUCAUCAGAAUUUGUUGCAAAGGCAUAUGUCUUUAUUGCACAGGGUAAUGAAAAUGCAGGCAAAUUUGAAUCAAGUACAUAAGUGUCACAUGUUGAAAAUUCAGUACAUUCGUAAAUUGUAGCAUAUGUGAUGAAUGCUGGAUGGCAAGGCUUCAUAGGUGUGUAUCGCAACCGUGUUAAGAUCUCGAAUUACAUGUUCGCUAUUGAACAAUUCAAGCAAGAAGUAGUCAGAAAGAGUUUGAACCGACAUGAGUCAGCUGUACCGCAUCUUCGUAAUUACAAUGACUAGUUGAAUGUGCAUUUAAAAUGAGUCACUUCUAGUUUUUCCAUGGAGCAAUGACAUGUUCCUCUACAGCUUGUUCCAUAGAAGUAAGAAAUACAGUUUGAUACUUAUGUCUACCUUUUAAGCUUUUUUUUAGCUAAGACUAUCACCUUUCUGCAUUAUGUGCAGACCAAACUGUCACAGCCUUCAUAUCAUCAGGGUUGCCAAAGUGUGCUCAUUAUCCAAGAUGAAAACAAUGAGUGAUGUGCUCCUGAGCUUCUCCAUGAUGUGUGUGUGGGGUACUGUGCUGGCAAAAGCAGGGAAGCAAGUUCUACACAAACAACCUAAUGUGUGCAGUCCUGAUAGUAAUUGAAUUCAUUCACCUUGCCUGUCUGGGUAUUUAGAUACUACUUCCUUGGUCAGAGUGCUGCUUUGUUUUUGUAACAAAUUGGGAAAUGUAACGUGUGUCAGGUUCCUUUGAUUUCUUAGUCUGUGACUCUAAACUGUUUUGUGUCAGCCAGGCUGUUGGAAUGAAAUGCUUUUAGCUCUGGUUUUAGUUUCGUUCCACUAAAAAAAAGUUCCAUUCAGGUUCUGCUCUGUAACGAAAAAAAUAAAUAAAAAAAUGAUCUGUAACCAUUAAUAACAGUUUUGGUUUAUAUGCAAAAUGCAAAAAUUUUCAAAGCAAAGUAACAAUAAAAGCGCAGUAUUUAUUUUUCUCAAUAGUUGAAUUAUGAACUCGCGCUCAGUGUCUUGAUUCAAGCCAUUGAGCAUGAUCAAGUGUACUCGCCGAAAUGCGAGACCACUGUUCUGAUAAAACGAACGAUAAAAUUUCGGUAACCAAGUGUUGUAUCUGUGGAAAAUGAAACAAGCUCUUCAGCGCGCAAGCCCUUGGUUUUGCUACAAUGCGAUCUGCUAGUGCACCGAGUGGCAGGCUUAGAUUACUGGAGUGCUCGACCGGCUGUCGCUCACACUGGCCUUGCCUGUGAUACAGCUCAUGCUGUUGUUGCCUGACAUCGGUUGUUUCGUAUUGUCAACUUUCCACUUGAACUUGGAACCGAUAAAAAAUAACAAAUAAUGUUUUGGUUACGCUUUCAUUUUGGUCAAAAAUAUUGUUCUUUUCGUUUUUCAUUUUUGUUAUCAUUCCAUGCUGAAACACUGGUGUUCCGACGCACUGUGCUACUCAAGGUGUCAAAAUAAUAGCAUCGUGCUUCGAUUGACAUUGCAAUGUCGUCUAGAUGUCUAGAGGCGAUCCCACAAUUGAUGCUGGUAAAGAGAAAUGGAACUCAUUUGCAAGACAAGGGCAGUUGGUAGUUGAUUUGGCAACACACUGUGCAAUAUUGGUUGGCUAAAGCAUGGGUAGAAGUACAAGCAGCAUAGCAGCACAGAUGUAAGCUUUAAUGCAUAUUCAAGUUGAUGUGUGAGCACAAAUGCCGAUUGUUGCAGCAUUGAACUGCAAAUGUUGGCAGGUGGUACGUGCUUGAUCACAAAGUAGUGGCCAUUGCACACUUUCACGAUUGAGCUUAUGGUAGACGUUUAGGCUGAAAUGCAGCAUGUCUGUACUGCACAAAAUAAUUUACCAUGGGAAAAUAACAUUCAGCAAUAGUAAACUAAUGCUGGACAGUUGAUGCACCCCUUUGUAGUGGUCUUGGUAAUAAUACAGUGUAAUAACCAUCAGGAAAACUCGGCACGUACAAUACCCAAUUGUGAACUUGGCUCCCAGAAAGCAUUUGCUGCUGAUAUGCGCUAACUGGCUUCGUUGAGCUUUGUGAAGCAAGCACCUGCUGCACACAGUUCAAGCGCACACUCUUUUUUUAUACUUAGAACAACAGAAAGCUGAGCUAGUUUGUAAGGAUUCAUUAUGCAGAAAAGAAGUGAGGCGUGCACACAGGACACAAGAGUAGAGAAGUGGACAACACGUGUUGUCCACUUCUCUACUCUUGUGUCCUGUGUGCACGCCUCACUUCCUUUUUUAUACCUUUUUUGUAGCUUUUUGUUCUAGCCUAUUUUUGCAGUCUAACUUGGUAACCACCUUCCAUGCCGGAUCACAUCUUUGCAAAAGCUUUCCUGAAGUUCUGCGGCAAGCAAUGUGUGAUCACUCUCAUUUUACUUGCAUGCAAUAUCUACAAUCACAGCCACAUCCUUUUCAAGUUUUGAUGAUGAGCCUUUGCUGCAUAUACAGUAGACCUUUGGGAGUAAUGUGAAAUGCCCAAGUCCAUCAAACAGCAACACUUGCAAUAGCUUAUACAUAACAGCCAGCUCCUUUUUACUCUCUGUAGAUUUACCAUAUAUACUGUGAGAAGGUCAUUCUGUGACAUGGCUGCGUUAUUAUUCGUGUUUGCAAACAAAGUGCUUGCUACCACGAAAAAAACCUCUGUGAAUGUUUUCUUUUUUUCACUGUAUUGCCUACUCUCUUCCUUUUGCUCUAGGCUGGCUGGCAGGCCAUGCACUGCUCAUUAGACCUGCCUUGCAGUGUGGUGCUAAGAUGUAGCAAAAUAUGACAGGUGGUGCUUUUCUUUAUGCUCAGCAGAGCUUGUGCGACGAAGCGCAGCACAUUUGUGCAUAGCUACUUGAAUGCCAGCGUUCUUGUGUUUUGUACCAAAAAUGACGUGCAACACUCAAGUUUCUAUGUGCUGUGAUGUCCACUUUUUUUUUUUUCAAUAAAUCAUUAUGGCACUUUGUGAAUUUCUAAAGGCCACUGCAAAUGAGGUCAUCAGUUCAGGGUUAAGUAAUCUAAAGUAUGCAGUGUGCCAUAGUGCAGAAAGUAUUUUAUCCUGAGGAGUACCACUUUCGUAUAUCUACACAGGGUCUUCUGUCGCUUUUUUGUAGGACACGGACAGGAGGUGGUUUCAUAUCAGUGCAACAAGCUUGUGCUCCCAAGUGAUGUUGACUACUUUUGUUAAUGUUGUCAAGGGUUGCCACAAGUGUCUGGCUGCAUAGACUAGGUGACUAACUUGCACAGUAAUCAACGAUUAGUAAAGGAACUGUGUAGAAACCAGUGGAACUAUACAAAUCAAGAAGACAUGCGCGGAACACUUGUUGGAUUUCCGUGUAUGUCUUCUUGUGCUUUAACUUCUUGCUGGUCCUACCAAGGCAAAUGUACAAACUUUCCCAGCAAGUGACUGUAAAAAAAAAAGUAUUAUGCCAGCUCUUUGCCACAUGUCAUGUGUAGCCUUUACUCGAGACAGGCACGUUGUGGCUGAGAGCAUGAUUACACACGAAAUUUGCAAGCUUUGUUGUGAUUACAUAGCAAAAAUGUUCUCUUUUUUUUCUUGCUGUACUUGGCAAUUUAAUUCCAUUUCAAAGUUUUUGUUGUAGAAUCCUGGCAUGGACGUUGCUUAGUGUUCUAAGUAUGCCAAGUGUUCAUGACACCUUUUUCUAUCUGCAAAAAUUUUAUGAAUUAAUGACUGGAUGUUGUAGAUACAACGCUGUUCUCUUUAACACCACAAGUUAUAGCGAGCAUCAAAAAAGAAAGUAUAUAUGUAGUUCUGCUGAAGCAGAAGAGUAGAGAUUGUUCAAUGUGUACAAAGCACUAUUCUUUAUGUAACUAAGAACUUGUUUUGCUUUACAUAUCUUACUUUGGGCAGUAUGCAAUAUGUGUUGUGCAAUACAAACAUAUUAUUUAGCCUUGAAAAGUACAUAGCAAAAAAAGUUUUUUUAAGUGUAAUGUUUAUGCAGAUUUUAGAUCGUUACAUGUAAUAUUUUGUGUUUUGCACCUUGUGAAUAAGAUAUAAAAUAGACGCCAUAUGUUUGAUUUAUAGAGUCCUCCAACAGAGCAUUUAACAGAGAGAGAAUGCUUCAGCGCUCACAGAUGGAUCACAAUUGUGCAAGAAUGUAAUUAUUUGGCGCUGCUGAUCCACAUAAGGUAAACCACGAAUGUAAAGCUUUGUCCAUGACGGAACAUUGAUGCAGGGCUGUUUAUGGCUGUUAUGUUAGAGCGUGGCUAUCAAUGUUGAUCAGUGAAUGGUGAAAGCUGCAAUACCGUUUCUUUUUUACACCUUCAUACUAGUGCUAAAUAUUUUAUAUUCAAUAUAUUACCAGCUGAGAAUUGGGGCCCUGCAUGUUAUCUGGUAAAAUACAGGAAGUACUGCCAGAAAAAGCAAUUGGCAACCAAACUUUAAUUUAUAGCUUUGUAGUUACUGCACAAAGUGAAAGCCACAUCAUGACGAGAACUUUAAUGGCUCGCAUUCUUAGAGCGUGCUUCUUAAUGUAUACAGUUUGUUCGCAGCAAAUCUAUUUCUUGGAAAAUAGGCUUGGAGCUCUAGAACCAAACUUUAUGGCAGCACUCAGUGGCUGGAGAGCAUCCACUUCCAAGUACAAGACACACUUUGCCGCCCAUUUCCAUGUUUCAAAUUAUAGACCUGAAACCAUGCAGACAACUUAGGUUAAAAACUAAUUUCUUUUAUGUCUUGCUGCAACGCUGCUGUCACCAUCCACCCCACACAUUUGGCCUGCCUGAAUGAGAACAUAGUGUGUAACCUGCCUUGCCCAUGUUGUCUUCUGUGAUGUGGUGUUCGCAUUGAGUGAUGCAACUUUGAAGACCCAAGGUAGCAGAUGCAUUCCUGAAAGGGCUGAAGAAACAAAAAAGUAUUUAUUCUAUAAGUGAAUUGUGUUGUCGUGAUAUAAGAGGCUUGUGGUGCACUUGUACAUCGGUUGUGUUCACUGAAUAUUGUGUACGUGCAUGCAACAAUGCCAACAAUCAAUAAGAGACAUUCCAUUUUUUUACCCAGUUUCUUUCCGAGCACAAAGUCAUAUUUCCAGUGUUUUGGAACACAAUGUGCCUGUGAUGUACUUUAUACUGGAGUAGUUUGGCCUGCAUGGUCUGCUGUGCAAGCAAAUAAAAUAUUUUCACGAACCU